CGCAAACAAUAGCGCCUGCUGCCGCUGCUGCGCUUCACCGUCCUCUCUUCUCCCCCCUUGCCGCUGCGCCCUCUCUUUCCCCACCACCAUCUGCGAACCCUACUCCGCCGCCAUGAGCCGCCAACCUGAGGUGCUGUGGGCUCAGCGCUCCGAGAAGAUUUACUUGACUAUCUCUUUGCCGGAUGCGAAAGAUGUUGUGUUGAAGACUGAACCUCAGGGCCUCUUUACCUUCUCAGCUGUUGCCCAUGGGGAACCUUUUAGCUUUACUUUGGAGCUCUUUGAUUCCAUACUGCCAGAGGGAAGUAAAACAAAGACAAAGAUAGGCUUGCGAAACAUAAUCUGUUCUAUCCAGAAAGAAAAGAAAGGCUGGUGGAAGCGCUUGCUGAAAUCAGAGGAAAAGCAUCCAUAUAUUAAAGUGGACUGGAACAAAUGGUGCGAUGAGGAUGAAGAAUCUGAGGCCUCAAUGGAUUCAGAUGAUGACUUUGAUGAGGCAAAUGACGGAGAAGAAAGUGAUGAUGACGAUGGAAUGCUUUAUCUCCCUGACCUCGAAAAGUUAAGAGGCAAGUGACUUGGCUGCCUCACUGAAGGAAGCAUACUUGCUGUAACAAUUGACCGUUGAUGCGACAAAGUAGGCUCGUAAUUGACGUAGUUGGUGUCACCUGCUAAGUAUCUGUGAUGGCACCAGACUUAGCUUUUGGCAAUGCUAUAACUUGCUUGGCAUGCCUUUUAUCUCCGGAGUACUCUUUUUCAGACCA